GGCUAACAUGCAUUACAUGGUACACAGUGAAGGCUAGCUCUGGUAUAUCCAGGUUAAUUUAUCUUGGGGAUCUAACUUUUAGGAGCACGUGAUGUUUCGAAGAGAUAUGGGUUAUGUUAGUGUUUCUAAAUUAUUUAGUCUCUGCUUCAGAAUGUGAAAUACAUCAUUCUAAACAGUGUAAAUUCCCCUAUAUUUAUGUCCCUGGCUUGGAUUCCUCACGUUUUUGGGUUUUUUUUAAUUUAGUUUGGGAUCAGGAUUUCUUUGACUAGGCCAGGAUCUCCAAACAAUGGAGAAAAAAGUCGCUAUCCUACCCAGUUAAUAUUUUUUUUUUCAAAGUUCCUCAUGUCACUACAAUCUUUUCUUUGAGCAGGAGUUACUGCUCGUUCUUUGGUUGUCCUUGGAUCAUUAUUUUUGAUGCAUAAAUUAACUAUAAAUUCUUCCAUAAGAUUAAGUCUAUAAAUAACUAGCUGUUGCAAUGGACUUCUGUUUUCUCUUUUGAAAAGAACUUAGCUUGUUUGAUAGCUAAAGGAAACAGUUAAAAGUUGCUAUAUGUUUCAUUGGUCUGAGAAUAUUUUUUCUGAAUAUUUGCAUCCUGCUUUCUGAACUCCUCUCACAACAGCAGUUGAACUACAUUACUUCAUUUUAAUCCCAUUUUUACUUUACUGAAUUUGGAGCUUUAUUCAGUUUAAAAUAAAAUAAAAUGUAAAAGUGGUAUGUAAUGGUCAUUGUUAAUGCUCUACAUUUUUUUUAAAGCUUAAUUUCCUUUUCAUGACAGACAGCCGAAAGAAUUCAUUAGGAUGAGUGAAAGCAAUAAUUUUGACAUUCAAACUCCAUUCUGUGUUCUCUGCGGACGGACAGACGACUGCCCUGAAAAGUAUGGAGAGAAAAAGACCUAUGUGGAAUACGAUAUCACUGUUCAUUAUUACUGCUUGUUGAUGUCAAGUGGCAUUUGGCAGAGAGGGGAAGAAGAUGAAGGUAUAGAUGGAUUCUUAAUUACGGAUAUUAGAAAAGAAGUUAAUAGAGCUUCAAAACUGAAAUGUAAUAUCUGUAAGAGAAAGGGUGCUUCAAUUGGAUGUGUAGCUCCAAAAUGCAAACGAGGUUACCAUUUUCCAUGUGGGUUACAAAAGGAAUGCAUUUUCCAGUUCAUGGAAGACUUCAGAUCCUACUGUUGGGAACAUAAACCAGUCCAAAAGUUUCCGCAUAAAGAAUCUGGAGGAACUUCACAGUGUACAAUAUGCCUGGAUUUGGUUGAACAGCUUCCAAUGUACUCUGUAUUGAAAAGCCCUUGCUGUAAAAAUGCUUGGUUUCAUCGAGAAUGCUUGCAGUAUCAAGCUUUGAGUGCUGGAAUAUUUUUCUUUAGGUGCACAGUAUGUAAUAACAAGGACAAAUUUCAGAAAGAAAUGUUGAGAAUGGGCAUACACAUUCCAGAAAAGGAUGCAUCUUGGGAACUUGAAGAGAAUGCAUAUCAAGACCUACUGCAAUGUUAUCAACACUGUGACAUUAGAAGAUGUCUCUGCAAGAAAGGAAGAGACUAUCAUCAACCUGAUAGUAAAUGGGAAAUAAAGCGUUGUCAGUGUUGUGGUUCCCGUGGAACUCAUUUGGCCUGUUCAUCAAUGAGGUCAUGGGACCAAAACUGGGAAUGCACGGAAUGCAGAAGUAUCUUUGCAAAAUCAGGGAAGUACAGAAAACGCAAAGAGUGUUCUUUGGCUACCUCUGAAAAGACAGAUGGGACAACUUUGCUGGAAGAGCCAUCUCCAAAAUGCCCUCGACAGUCACCUGGAUCUCAACGCAGUUUUCUUCUCCAAUCACCAAAGAUAUUGUGCCAGAUCAACUCGUCACCCUGCUUACCCCUAGAACAUCCAGCAUCCAACAGAGUGACCAUGUCCUUAUCGCCGCUGAUGUCAAACAGGAGCUGCUCCCUGAGGAAAAAGCAUUUAAGAAAGCAAAGAAGGGAAGCCUCUGAUAUACUGAAGGAGUUAAAGCUACAAGUUAAUAAAAAAACUACAAGGCUUAACAUCAAUGCAGAAAAUAUCUGGCAUACUGCUUUAAAAGGAUUUAGACAGCGUAACUUCAGUCCUACAAACACCAUUGAAGUAAUGUUCACAAACUGCAAAAAUAGAUCAAAGACAGAUACUUCUGCUGCAUCAAACCAGCGUUUCUUCCAAUUAUUAAUGCUUCACCUUCAGAAUUCACCAUUGUUUGAGGGCUCUUCUGCAAAGAACUUGUCCCUUGAUUUUCAAGCUGUGAAAGAGAAUCUUUAUUUUGAAGCUGGUAGAAUGAUUGCAGUUUCUCUGGUUCAUGGUGGCCCAUCUCCUGGUUUCUUUUCCAAAACGCUGUUCAAUUGUCUUGUCUAUGGUCCAGAGAAUGUGAAACCAUCUUUGGAAGAUGUUGCUGAUGUUGAUGUAGCAAAAACAAUAAAAAUGAUAAAAUAUGCAAACAGUCUGUCCAGCUUACAGUCUACAAUAGAUGAAUGUUAUGAAUUCCUUGCUGCUGCUGGAUGUUUAAGACCUGUAACAGAUUUGUGUGAUAAGGAUGUGCUGGCAAAUGACAUACUGAUCCACCAUGUAAUCAAGAGAAUUCUUUCACCCUUAGAAAGUUUUAGGCAAGGUUUGGAAACUCUUGGCGUGCUAGAGAAAAUGCAAAUGCACCCAGAUGCAUUCUCUAGUAUACUGUGCUACAAUCCUGAAAGACUUUCACCAGAAAUUAUUUGUGAUCUCUUUACAAUCCAUUCCUCAUCAGAUGUAAAUAAAGUUGAAGGUGCUGAUUUUUGGAUGGCUUAUUUGCAAGAUGUGAAAAGUGGUGAGUCUCUGGUGACAUUGGAGGAUAUUCUGUUUUUUGUAACAGGCUCUUCAUCUAUACCAUCCAUUGGUUUUGAUCCUGAACCUACUAUUAAAUUUUUUAAUAGAAGGUAUCCUGUUGGAAACAGACUCUUUAAUUGCUUAGAGCUUCCUAAAACAACGACAUAUGAGCAGUUUAAAAAUAAAAUGGAUUUCACCAUCAGAAACACACUAAGAGCUGAAAAAGAGUAAAUAUUUUUGCUACUAAGCUGGAUGUUGGAAACUUGCCACAGGAAUAUCUCCUUGUAAAUUGCUACUGUAUUUUUGGACAGCAUGCUCUGUGCCUUUUCCCGCUCUUCCCCCAAAGAUAUGCUAAAAGUAGUAAUUUUGUAGGAUGGAGAACAAUUUUCAAAUGAAAAUACGCUUUCUGUUGAAUCAUCUUCCUGUCUAAGUUGUCGUUAAGAGUCGGCAGUGUCUUGGAGAAGUAUUUUAGAUGUCUACUUUUGCUGUAGACAUACAUGAAAUGUUACCACAUGUUGUAACAUUCUAGCUAUUUCCCACAGGAAAUAGUAUAUUGAUUCUGUUGCAUACUUCAGAAAUUUAUUUAUCAAAGUUAAAUCAGGUAAAUUUUGAAGAUGACUGCUUUAGAGCUUGUCUCAAGUAAAAUUGUUAUAGAGUUCUUAAGUCAUUCCAUGUAUAUUUUUUCAGCAAUUGUUUUUAUAUUGAUGAUUCAUUUACAUUUUAAUGAUUCAUACAACCUAUAAAAAGUAAGAAACUUGGAACUUUAAGGUUAUUGUGGUUAGUGCAUUAAAAUAUAAUUAAGGUCUGGAGAAAACCUAGGCGAAAUAAUAAGGUGCAAGAAUAAAAUGUGGUUGAACUUGAGAUUCUAUUGUUAAACAAAAUCUUCAACAUUUGCACACAUUUCUGCAUUCUACUGUUAUACAUUAGUUUUGAAUUAUACAUAUAGCCGAAAUAGUAAAAUCCAGAAGUAAAUCUUGAAUAUGCAACAAUAAGUGGUCUUCCAAAAUUAGUUAGAUGAGUAGAACUUCAUGUUGUGGUGUAUGAAAGUAUAAGAAUUUGUUGCUCAUUACCAUGUUACUUUAUCUACCUUGGAAGUCAGUAUUUUCAUAGGAGUAUGUACUAAAGCAAUUCAUUAAGCUAAAGUCAGUCUACUGUCAAACUUAUUAGUGCCUGAUGCUUUUCUAGCUUUUAGUCUAAACUCUUCCUCUUCAAUUGUAGGUGCUUUCUGGGCAACUUCAACUGUGUGAAAUAUAUUUCAAUUCUUCAGUAUUUCUGUGAAUAACAUUAAGCCAUAAAAGAUAAGUAGUGAAAUUCCUACAUGGUAGCACUUUAAUGUUACUAAUACUACAUAUGAAACUAAAAGGAAACUUAUGUACAUCUUUUUUAAUUGUAUGCAGAUUUCUCUUUUGAAAUUACAAUUUCCCCUGUUAUCAGUUUGACUGCCUAUACUAUGUCCUAAACAUAGGUUAUGCUAUAUAUGCCUUGGUAAGAAAGUACAUCCACAGUCAGUUGUAAAUGGAUAGGUCCUUCUACCAAAAAAAAAAAUAUAAAAAUCAUACAAGCUAGUGUGCUUUCAUGUUCUGGUUUGUGGUUCAUUGCAAAUAUUCCUCUAGUUAACAAAUUGUAUUGCUAAUUGCAUAGCAGUGUACUGCAACCCAAGAACUGUGGAAGUGGCAGUAAAGACUCACUAAACUUGAAACUGCUAUGAGGGGUUAAAAGAGGCAGAUGGGUGCUUAAAUUACAUAGUUCAUUUAACAAUAUGCAGGUAUUUUGAAAUCUUUCUACAGCUUCUCUCUCUUUCUUUAUCUCAGCUCUUUUUACACAGACUUGUUUCCAUCACUGGGUAACAGAAGUGUGCAUGGCACUUUUUAUUUACGUAUAUUGGAGUCUCUAAGUAAGGAUUUGGAUCAGGCAUUUCUCGUCACUAUCAGAUAGCUAAAACCAUCUGAUCUCAUUGAAGUCCUGUCAUUAGAAAUUUAAGAAUAUUUGAAAUUAAGAUGGGGCUAGUGGUAUUUUUCUGGUUCUGAGUCAAAAGCAUAUUAAAAUCCCCUUUAAAAUAAAUGCAUGAGCUCUUGGAGAAUGUUAUUUGUAUGCAAAGCAUUUUCUCUUUCUCUUAUGAUUUUUUUAUUCCAAUCAUUUUCCAUGUUUGUCAUCUUUAGAUAAUUUUCGAAUGUCGUACUGCCAAUAAAUUCUUACCCCUCAGAAAGGUCCGUUACCAUUACAACAUAAGUGGUUAUGCAAAUUUAUUUGCAUAAGGAUUCAAGUUGUGUGUUCGUGGUUUUAAAAUAUUGCAAUGAGUUUCCUGAAGACAGAGUAUUACACUUUGAAAAUGGGUGAUUUACCCAGUGCAGUGUUCUUUUUUUCUUUGCCUGAUUAGAGAUAAAUGACUUCUGUAAUACUAUUUUAUUUUUCUGGAUGGGAAAUACAGAACUUAAAGAAGUAGAUAUUUCUUGGUCUUUGGGUACCUGCAGUGGCAAGGGAAAUGGUUUAGAACUUUGAACUAAAUAAGCUGCAUUUUAAAAUCUUCAAUGGAUAAAAUAAAGUCAUGGGAAUAUGAAGCUUCAAAAAGUAUGAGAAACGAAAGUAGGGUUCAAACCUUUUAUUGCUUAUUAGUUUUGAAUUCAGAAGUUGAUAGGUUUUAAUAUAAAAGUAGAACUAAUCUAUUCGCCAGCUCUAACAGAAAUCUUUACUUAACUUUAAAACUAUCUGCUAUACAAUGCUGUAUGGAAAUAUGACAUUUGUAAAGUCCUCUAGUCUAAUACUGCUUAAAAAGAUUUUUCUUAUGCAGAACUUGUUCCCAUUUUCUGACAGUGAUGUAGACAUUCAGGACAAGUUUCAUUUUCUGUACUGUUGAUUUGAUCAGCUUAGUCUAGACAUUCUAAUAUAAUCAUUGAUACAUUCAUGUUGUAUUCCUAACUGCUGCUGUGGAGAUAAUCUUUGUCUCUUCUCAUUUUUAGCAUUUAUUUGUAUAGACUAGCUUUACAUUUACUCUUAACUGUUCAUUAAAAUUCCAUUGAAUAAACUGACUUCCAAUCCAUCAAAACACAGAAAUAUCUCUUCCCCCUGGAAACUGUAAAAGCCGUUUUUGUAGCUAUAAUGGCUAUCAGGUUUUUAAUUACUAUAGUAGGUCAAUGAAGUGCAAUUGGGGAAAUUUGCUUUCUUUCAGUAUUUCUGUAACACAAGGAGAAUGAUUGUAUAUGCAUUAGCUGUUGCAUAUUAAAUAGAUUUUUUUUAUAGAAGUUACAUCUUUUAUAAGAUUUGUAAGGGCCACAAGAGAGAACUUGUGCAGUCCUCUCCGACUCUGGCCAAAGAACUUCACCUAGCAGUUUUUGCAUCAAACCCCAAGCUAACAUCUGGAAUUAUCACAUCAAAUAAGCUAUUUUUUGAAGAGUGAUCAUUUUCUAGUAAACAAUAACAGAUUAGUAUUAGUGGUUUUAGUAUGGUCUCCUUACUAAAAGCACAUUAAAAACAAAAAACAACGAGCAAACAAAAACAAACCUAAGUAUUUUAGAUCUACAUUUGAAAAACCAAGGGAUAAGAAUUUUCUAUGACUUGCUUCCACCCACACAAAGGCUGCUUACUAGGAAAAAAAAGCAGGUGUUGGCAUUUUUAACUGUUUUGUGUGUGAAAUAUAGUCAAAAGGAGAAGAAAUUACUAUCAGUUUAUACCUAAAUCAUUGCGUGCUGCAGCUUUGACUCUUUUUUUCAUCAAGAUGUUCAGUGUUGGGAUUGGAAAGCUUGAGGAUUUUGAGAGGUGUAUUUAAAAUGUAGAGCAGAGUAUUAGUCAUUAAUUCACACUGACGUUCUGCAUGCGCAUUUUGAAAAUGGUACCAAAAUUUCUGAUUUAAAUAGAAAGAAAUGCAGCUCCGGAGGCUACAAAAUAUGCUUUUAAAGUUUAUCUUGAUUCUGUAUUAUUAAAUUUUAAAGCUCGUGCUUUACUGUUUUUUACUUAAGGACGGUGAUUGCUAGUUGCAUUAAAAAAAAUUAGAAUGCAGAAACUUCGGAAAUGUCAAAUCAUAUACAUACAGAAAAUCAUUGUCAAAAUAUUAAUGUUUAUACAAAAAAAGCAACUGAUUUGGUAAUGUAAAAAUGAUGUCCUUUUUAAACUGAUGGUAAUUAGUAAUUUUGUAAAUAAUUUUGUAAAUAUUUUUAGCUCUAACUUGAACUGCAGGAUAAGGGCUUGAAAUGUCACAUCUUCAAGUAACAUUGUACUUGACAGGUGUAGCAUCACUGCUGAAAUAAUGAGGAAUUAUUCAAAAUAACUGUUAUGUAUAUGUUCAAAGGGCAAUAAAGGGUUAAA